UGUGUCUCAACAAAGGAAGCAACAAUGGCCUCUCUGCUUAAAAUUCUUAAGGAAACUGACUUUUGUCUGGUGUAGUGGGGCACAGUUUAAAUCCCAGCAUUUGGGAAGCAGAGGCAGGAGCAUCUCUUGAAUCCACAAUUAAGAGAUUGACUUGAGCUGGACAUGUUGGUACAGCAGAGGCAGGUGGAUCUCUGAGUUCAAGAUCAGACUGGUCUACGUAGAUACAAAUUAUGGAAAGUCCAGACAGAAAAAGACAGAAGGUUUUAAAGGCCAAAAAAACAAUGCCUGCAAGUUGCCGGAAGCAGUUGGAGAUCCUGAACAAGUCAAAGAAUGUUGAAGCUUCAAAAGCAACAGUUGGAACUAAUACUGUUUCAAACGGCCAUAAUCAAAAGAAGAUGUUUUCAGAAAACAAAGAAAAUGUUAAGUUCAUGGAAGCUUCAGAGCAAAUUAAUGAAAAUGGUUGUGUAGCUCUGGAAAGGCAUACAGCACUGCUAGAACAGGUUAAACAUUGGAUUCGACAGGAGAUCUACAUGAUAAAUUGUAAUCUAUUUGAUAAAAAACUGAAUGAACUGAAUGAACGCAUUGGGAAGACCCAGUGCAAGAAUAAGCAUGAAGCAAUAGCUGGUGAACUCUUUAUAAAAAUCAGAAGACUUCAAAGACGUAUCAAAACAGUAUUAUCAUCUCAAGGAGAUUGUUUGGAACCAAACACAUUACCCAAUAAUACAGUCUGUAAGGUUACAGAUGCAGAGGUCAUGAAUUCAAGUGUGAAUCAAAAGUCAGUUAAAAGCCUAAGUAAAAUAAUGCCUUCUGUGAAUCCUGAGCCUUUUAAGUCUUCAGAGAAUGCAAGAAUUAAUUUGUCAUCAGCUUGUGUUGAGUUUGUUUCUGAAAGUAACACUGAUGAUGUUAUGUUAAUUUCCGUGGAAAAACCUAAUCUGACAACUCCAAUUACAUCAGAUCCAACAGAAAACAAAUCAAGGAAGUUCAGCAACUCGCCUAAUACCAUAAUUGAAGUUGGGGCUGUGGAGAAGAAAAUUGAUUUUGUUAUUGACUUGACAAGAGAAGGCCUGUCUACCUACAGCAUAGAAAGCCCAGCAUUCACCCUGAAGUCAUCUUCGAAAGCUGUUUUAAGAUCAAAAGAAAUAAUCCCAGUGGCAGAAAAUGGAGCUGAGGGUUUUGAUUCACUUGAACAUCUGCCACCUCUCCCAGAACCACCACCACCACUCCCUGAAAUGGCAGACAAAAUCCAAGACACUCUUCCUCCCCAAAAACCUGAGCUGAAAGUGAAGCGAGUGUUGAAACCCCCAGGCAUUGCCCUGACAUGGAACAUCUCCAGCAUCAACCCCAAGUGUGCUCCUGUGGAGAGCUACCACCUCUUCCUGUGCUAUGACAACUCUCAUCAUUUGACUUGGAAGAAAAUUGCAGAAAUUAAAGCAUUACCACUCCCAAUGGCCUGCACUUUAUCUCAGUUUGUAGCUUCCAGCAAAUAUUAUUUUACUGUUCAAUCAAAAGACAUUUUUGGGCGAUAUGGACCAUUUUGUAAUAUAAAGUCUAUUCCUGGAUUUUCUGAAAACCUUACCUAAAAGUCCUCCAUGAUUAUAUGUUGUGUACAUGUCAUGUUAUCAUAUUUGAAUGUUUACAGUGUUUCUCUAACAUUUUACAUUGUAACAUUGUACAGUUCAGUUUGUAAACCCUUUAUAUGGGGACAAUCUUACAUGUAUUGUGUCUUGGAAUUUUGUGUAUUUCUAAUUUGCAUUCAGUAUGUACUUCCGUUAUCUAUGUUCUCACAUACCCUACCAUGGACCCAUGUUGUCACUGUGUUCCUAAGGUGUCUCUGGGGUUGCUGCUGUGUCAGAAGCCCUCAUGUACACUUUCCCUAUUUCUGACAUUUGUCUAUAAUCCUGGGAGAGGCAUCCCUGCCAUGUUCUAUUGCACAGAAAUUCCUUCCUCAUAUUUUCAUUCUAAAGCAGGCUAUUUGUGUCCUUUUGUCUUUGUGUUUGUUUGGCUAGCAAUCAUUUGAGAGAAACAGCUUGCUUGAAGGUUUUUCCUAAACACUAUUUUGUUAGAUCAGGCAUUAUGGGACAUCCUUCUAAUUCCAGCACUUGGGAAUCAAAGGCAGGCAAAUCGCGUAGUUCAAGCCAGCCUGGUGUUCAUAGAAAAUUCCAGUCCAACCAGAACUAUGUAACAGGCUGCUUUAAAAAAAAAA